AUCGGCUAUUCUCGUCUACUUUCGAGGCGAGCCGCAGCUCAUCUCAAACAAGCCCAUCGUCUCUCGAUUUAGCAGCCUUGUUUUUUUCUAACCUGUUCCUAUUGGUCGGAUCCAGUCAGCUGACCUGGGCACAUAUCAUGUGACCCAGCUGCUGUUUUGACAGGAGGAACUGCCACAUUGUUUCUUCUUGUGCUUUAAUCUCAGUUUGAGGCUCCUUCCUUCCUGAUUGUCCCACAGAUGUCUCCCUAACAUCGGUGUGGUUCUGAGGAUGAUGAUGAUGAUGAUGGAGGAGAGCGGCUCCACGGAGGUGUGUGUGAUCCCGGAGAACCCUCACUGUGUCCGGGUGUCGGAGCUCCGGAGGGCGGACCUGGCUCCCGGAGGGUCGCUGCUCCUCGGCUGUCUGAGGGACCGGGGCCUCCUGGAGGUCCUGGACCCGGCCGACAGAGAGGCUCCCCCGGCAGAGGCCAGCGGGAGAUACACGGAUUUCUGCUGGGAGGAGGAGGGGGGGGGUCGGCUGCUGGCUGUCAGCUCUCAGUUUGAUCUGAAGCUUCUGGAAGCAGAAAGACCCUCAAAGAUCUCCAUCAGAUCUGAAGUUCCUGCUGAGCGCCUGCUGAAGACCCUCAGAGAGCAAGACCCCGGUGUGUGUGAGCUGCAGUCUCUCCAGGUGUUGCGUUUCUCAGCUGGCCGCGGCUGCCUGCUGCUCAACUCUGAUUGGCUGCUGCAGCUGCAGUGGCUGCAGACGGACGAGCAGCCGCAGACCAUCUCCUGCUGCAGAAUACACACACACUCUGCUGACAGACACACACACUCUGCUGACAGCAACACACACUCUGCUGACAAAGACACACACUCUCCUGACAAAGACACACACUCUGCUGACAGCAACACACACUCUCCUGACAGCAACACACACUCUCCUGACAAACACCCACACUCUCCUGACAGCCACACACACUCUCCUGAUGGCCACACACACUCUCCUGAUGGCCACAUACACUCUUCUGAAGGACACACACACUCUUCUGUGCACCGCUGUGUGUGUGUGGCCAGAGAGACUCUGUUCAGCCUCAGCUCCUCCGGACUCAUCUCUGUGUGUAGCCUCAGUGAUGGCCGCCUGCUUGCCUCCAUCGACCUCCCUCUCUACCUGUCAGCUGCUCAACCAGAAGACGAGCUGCUCUCCUCCUCUUCCUCCUCCUGCGUCUCUUCCUCUUCCUCCUUCUGCCUCCUGCAGCUGUCGGCUGAUCUGAGCACAGCUGUAGCCGUCACUGAGACUCACAGCGCCGCCGCCGUGCCCCUGGACCACUACUUCAGUCUGUUCCCGGACCACCUGCUGUGUGCCACCCCCCCCCUCCGACCCCCCCUGAGGCCCCUGAUGCAGGUGGACCAGGACUCCCUGUGGAGCUCCAGCUGCAGCCUCUCUUCCCUCGGAUCCACCUUCAACACCGACCGCUCCUGGGAAGCUCGUCUGUCUUCCAUGUACAGCAGGGCCCAGCCUCCUCCCUCCUCCUCUCCCUCGUCCUCUUCCUCCCCCUGGUCCUCCUCCCUCCCCCACCUGUACUCCCAGUCCUCCUCCUCCCACAGCAGGGUGCCUCUCGGCGGGGCGACCGUCUCCUUCUCCGUCCCAGAAUCCUCGGCUCCGUCACUGCUCACCGUCACCGAGUUCUCCGCCCAGCUGACCUUCGUCUCCCCCGGCAACACGGAGACCACAGUUGCAUUGUGGGAAAUGGAGUCCGGGAACGUGACGCAACACCGAGCGGAGGGGGAGGCGGCUCCGGUGCAGCGAUGUGGAGAGAGGCAGCACCGCCUGCUGCUGAAGGACUCUGGUGUGUUUCAGGUCUUGUUCUCGGUGUCUCAGGAGGACUUGCUCAGCAGGCUGAUGUUGUUCGGCAGCGCAGCCACGGUGGACGCAGUUUGUCACCUGAACAGCUGGGGGCGCUGUUCCAUCCCCAUCCACUCCCUGCAGGCGGGCCUGAAGAACCGUCAGCUGGACACGGUGGAUUUCUACCUGAAGAGCAAAGAGAACAUCCUGAACCCCGAGAACGAUCAACCCCCCCAACAGAGCCUUACACACAGUUUCCAGGAGCUGUGCUCGGCGUUGGAUCUGCUCUGCUCGGCGGUCAGAGAGUCGAACAGCGAGGCUCAGAGUCGCCAGUUUUCCGAGCAGCUGCUGAACAUCACACUGAGCUUCAUCAACAGACAGAUCCGCUCAGUGCUGACCAACACACAGCACGAGGAUCUGAGCGUGCAGGUGGAGGUUCUGGAUCGCUACGUCACGGAGCUCAGGAGCUACAUGAAGAGGUUCCCCUGGCCUGUAGGGGGCGACACCUGCAGCACAAACUCUGCUGAGGCUGCCCCCCUGCAGGAGGAAGAGGAGGAGAGGGAGGAAGAGGAGGACGAGUGGGAGAAACUGCAGACGGAGGAAGUGGUGCGGCGCUCCAUCCUGACCAAUCAGAUACCUCGGGCUCAGGCGGUGCUGAGGGGGCGGGGCCUGAAGGAGCAGCGUCUGUCUGCUCUGAGGAGGCGGGGCCUACAGGAGGUGUUCACCUGUCUGCAGCACAGAGACCUGCACACUGCCAACACUCUGCUCACUAACAUGGGCUUCAGCGUAAAGCAGCAACUCCGCAGUAUCUGCCUCUUCACCGACGACUACGACUUGCGGGACUUCGUGGUGGAGGAGCUGUCAGGGCAGAGGCUCCUCCCCGAGGAGGAGGUGCAGAGCGUGGAGUUCAUGAAGCAGAUGGAGGGGCUGGGGUCCCUGCCUGCUGCCCGCUCUGCAGAAACACCUUCACACAGGGGGGUGCAGAUGGUGCUCAGGGAGGGGGCUGAUGGGGAGGAGGUUCUGCAGGAGCUGCUGUUACAGAGGCGGGAGGAAGAGAGGGGGGGGCUCUGGACGACCCUCAGGCUGGACUGGGUCAGGAACUGGGACCAGAGCUGCAGGACGGCUGUGCUGCUGUCCAGACUGCCUCCCACAGAGGUGACUUCCUGUGACUCGGCGUUGUUGUGGCGUUACCUGACGUCCCUCCACGACCAGCGCCGGAUCAUCGACUGGAUCCAGAACGAGGAAGUGAACCCAGAACUGGUGAACAAUAACACAGCCUGUAGCCGCUUCCUGAGGGAGAAGAUCCUCGACCUACUGGCCAGGUACUCUUUAAAGUAGAGGCACUACAUACUGAUAUACACCUGAACAUCAGCAGGAGAGGACUCUUUA